AGUGACUGUAGACCGUCACUUUUCUCUUUAGCACAAGAGAAUCCGUCAUGGCUUUAUUUCAGAUUUUCUUAAUCUCGAUAUUAAGUUCCUGCAUGGCACAGGAUGAGGAUAUCAUGACUCCUGUGGUGGACAUCUACUCUGAGUUGAAGGAGCUUAAAGCUACAGUUGACGCGCUGACAGUGGAUCUGAACACUGCUAAAAAUGAACUCGCAGAACAGAAAAGCUUGAUUCAGCUGCAGAAACAGAUUAAAGAGAGUCCUAAAGUGGCAUUCACUGCAUCCAUGUCAAGUACAGAGGAUACACACCGAGGGCCUUUUAGUACAGAGACAAAGCUUAUCUUUGAUAAAGUCCUAACCAACAUUGGCAAUGCAUAUGACCCUGUCACAGGAGUGUUUACAGCACCUGUUAAAGGUGUGUAUUACUUCAGGUACUCAGGCUCCGCAUUUUCCUCCCACGAUAUGGGUCUGAGCAUCUUUAAAGGCACGGCACGAUUUGUGUCAUCAUAUGAAUUUAAUUCUGGUGAGCGCAAUGACCAAAUGUCCAAUGGAGCCGUGAUGGAGCUGGAUGUUGGGGAGGAGGUUCACAUGAGGUUGUGGAUCAGAACCUGGAUCUUUGUGGAUCCACGGUACAACUAUUCCACUUUCACAGGAUACCUGCUUUACCCACUGGACUCUACUUCAGUAUAAUUUGCAUGUGUGAAUUUUUUUUUAUUAUUAUUUUCAGUUGUGUAUG